GUUCCAUAAACGCGAAUGCAACAUUACCGUGCAAUCUGCAACCCGGGAAGUCUAAAGGCUCUGCAGACACAAUUUAACGUUCCGUGUGUUGAAUUUAAUGAAUCAUUUCUGCUAGUAGCAAGUCUUUACAUUAGUACUUUACCUCAUUAGUAAACACACGCCUGCAACAAGAUAUCGUUUCAAUUACUGUCGCUCGGGCAUGAGGGAACAUGGUGGCUGCAGUGACUCCAGCAGCGACAUGGAUGAGGAGUUUCCGGUGUUUGACUUCCUGCAGUCGGGUCGACACCCCCACCCAGCUUCCCAGAGCAGCACAGAUAACACACACUCAGGCAAUGUGGGCACAUAUUCAGGAGCGGCUGAUGUAAUGAUGAUCAGCAGCGAUUCUGAUGACGAUGCACCUUAUGUCCCUUUGGCACAGAGACUCAAACAAAGACAGGAAAGUGUGAUUAGUGCCUCCUCGUCUGUCACUAAUGGGAAAGAUGCUGAACACUAUUCGCCAUCCAAACUGGGUGAUCUACAGCUCUCUCGACAGAAUGGCUUGUCAGAGUCAGAGCAGCCGCUCAGCUUCCAUCAGGUGAGAACAGUGAGCCCAGAUGAGGCUGCAGUUUUCCCUCAGCAAGGGCUGCCACCCGCCGACACCAAGAAGAAUGCUGCCAAGCAGACGUUGGAGAUCCAGAGCUCCAGGAAAGAGGUUCUGAUGAAGAAGCAAAACAGGGAGGGCCAUCAGAGGGCCAAGGAGGGGCACCGGCAGGAACAGGAGAGGCAGAGAGCCGAGAGGAAAGCUCUGGCUGAGGCUGCCAAGGCUCUGAGGCCGGAGGAGUGCAUCAAGCACAUGGUGGUGGCUGUCGACCCAGCUCUCUUACAGCUGGAAGGAGGCGGGACUCUGCUGGCGGCGCUGCAGGAUCUGGGCUGUAACUGCGCCAUCGAGAAACAAGGCAUCCCACGCAGUGUGAGCUGGAUGAGGAGGGCCCCCUGUGCACAGCCAGAGGAUGCAGAGUGUGUACGAGAGGCACUUGUUGUGAUGCAGAUGACUGUUGAUGACUUCAUCACUCUGACCCACAGCUACUGUGUCCGGCGCAGCGGCCAUGGUGCAGGCUCCGGUCCCACGCUGAGCUCCUGGGUGCAGCAGCAUCAGACACGUCACCCUGCUAAGACCCUCAGCCUGGUGGUCCUCGACCUGGAGAAAUACUUCAGAUCGCAGAAGUCACAAACAAAGAAACAGAAUGGAGGUGAGGAGGGGGGAGUGAAGAAGAGGAGGAAAAACGGAGGAGCCCAGAUUCUCCCUGAGGUGUCCCGGGUCGACCUGGAGGAGGCAGUGGUGCAUCUCCAGCUCCACAAUGGUGUCUCUGUCUGCUUCCUGUCAACCUGGAAGGACUUCUCAGAUCACAUCACCAUGACAACCAAAGCUGUUGCAGAAGCCCCGUUCAAGCAAGAGAGGGAGAAGACAGGCUUCUCCUUCUAUCUCGAGAGUGAGUGGGCGGGGGGGCAGCGAGUGGAUAAGGCUGGGAAGGGGCUGCUGCAGGUGUGGAGGAGACAGAUCCAGCAGCUAAACAGAGUCAGUCCGGACAUGGCCUCCGCCCUCCUGGCAGCGUAUCCCUCCCCACAGCUGCUUCACAAGGCCUACAGUCGAUGUCAGAGUGAGCGUGAGAGUGUUUCUCUGCUGUCUGAGCUGCUGAUCCGCAGAGGAGAAGGCGUUACCUCCACGACCCGCCACGUCGGCCCCGAGCUGUCCAGACGCCUCUUCCUGCUUAUGACCUCCUGUGACCCCGAGAACACCCUGGACUCCACUGUCUGACCUUUGCCUUACAUUUGUAUCAACAUCGGACUUAUCGCCCUCUCUGUUCACAAGAUGGAGUUUCAUACUAUGCAGUUAGAAUUCUGUUUUAAUUACAUUUCUGUUUUAUUUUUCCAUAAAGUUAUUUUAAUUAAAAAAUCAAAUUUCUCUUGUCAGAUUCCGCUCAUCUGACCGGUUCAUGCCAAAUGUACACUCGCCAUGCGCGCUCUAGAGAUGGUGGGAAACAUAAAUAUACAUAGCCUUCAGUUUAAUAAAUAAUGAUGAUGAAGUAGAAAGUAAAGACAGGAGUCCCAAGGAUAAUUCUCUAGCUUCAGUCGGCUAGCUUACAUGUGAGGCUGUGCUACGCUCUUGAUAUUGGGGGAAGAGAAGUAGCAAAUGACAGGUUUGUUUGCGUUGUUACUUAGGAGAUAUUUAAAAUACUUGGUUAAGUUAAUAGAUAGCAGUAGCUCCCUGUAAAAGCUACUGUAGCAAACGGCAUAGGGAUCUUCUUCCAUAUCUGCAGAUAAAGGCAUCCUUAUCAUGGCUAUGUUCUUUAGAGCUUUCUUGAAUCCACUCUCAUUCAUUCACUAAACUUGAUAUCGAUGUUGUCCCUCAGCCACGGGUAUACAAACUGCUUUGAAGCUAGUGGCCUUAAAUAUAUACUGUGCAGUAAGAAAACAUUGUUUAUCCAGGGGUUAUAUAUCUGUUCAAGUAAUCAUUUAAAAAAAGGUUUUGAAAGUUUGAA